GGCGGAAGCGCGGCCCCGCCUGGCAGCGGGAAGGGGGCGGGAGGAGGGACGGCGGCAGCGGGCAGCAGUCGCCGCCGGAGCGGCCGCUGUCGUUCUUAGCCGGUCGGGCUGUCCCGCCAUUCCCCCGAGGGCUCGUCGUCUGCCUCGCCGCUCCCGCCCCGCCGCCGGGGGAGCGAGAAAGCGGAGCGCGGAGUUGCGGGAGCCGGGCGGGGAAGAUGCCCCUGGCGCAGCUGGCGGACCCUUGGCAGAAGAUGGCUGUGGAGAGCGCGGCCGAGAGCAGCACGGAGAAUGGACAGCAAAUUGUGGAUGAACCUAUGGGAGAAGAUGAUAUCAACCCACAAAAUGAAGAAGAAAUCAAAGAAAUUGCAAUAACUCAUCAUGUAAAGGAAGGACAUGAGAAAGCAGACCCUUCACAAUUUGAACUUCUGAAAGUGCUUGGACAAGGAUCCUUUGGAAAGGUAUUUCUUGUCAAAAAAAUCUCAGGGUCAGAUGCUAGGCAGCUUUAUGCAAUGAAGGUAUUGAAAAAGGCCACUUUGAAAGUUCGAGAUCGAGUUCGGACAAAAAUGGAACGUGAUAUCUUAGUAGAAGUUAACCAUCCUUUUAUUGUCAAGUUACAUUACGCUUUUCAAACAGAAGGGAAGCUAUAUCUUAUUUUGGAUUUUCUCAGGGGAGGAGAUUUGUUUACACGUUUAUCCAAAGAGGUGAUGUUCACAGAAGAUGAUGUUAAAUUUUACCUAGCGGAAUUAGCGCUUGCUUUAGACCAUCUCCAUAGCCUUGGAAUAAUAUACCGGGACCUGAAACCAGAAAACAUCCUGCUUGAUGAGGAAGGACAUAUUAAAUUAACAGAUUUUGGCUUAAGUAAGGAAUCGAUUGAUCAUGAAAAAAAAGCCUACUCUUUCUGUGGGACGGUAGAAUAUAUGGCACCUGAGGUUGUUAAUCGACGAGGUCAUACACAGAGUGCAGACUGGUGGUCUUUUGGUGUUUUAAUGUUUGAAAUGCUCACUGGUACUCUACCUUUCCAAGGGAAAGACAGAAAAGAAACCAUGACUAUGAUUCUCAAGGCCAAACUUGGAAUGCCCCAGUUCUUGAGUCCCGAAGCGCAGAGUCUUCUGCGGAUGCUCUUCAAAAGGAACCCAGCCAACAGAUUAGGAGCAGGUCCAGAUGGAGUGGAAGAAAUUAAGAGACAUCCAUUCUUUUCCAAAAUAGAUUGGAAUAAAUUGUACAGAAGAGAAAUUCAUCCUCCUUUUAAACCUGCAACUGGCAGACCUGAAGAUACAUUUUAUUUUGAUCCUGAAUUCACAGCAAAAACUCCAAAAGAUUCGCCUGGUAUUCCACCGAGUGCUAAUGCACAUCAGCUUUUUCGUGGAUUUAGUUUUGUAGCUAUUGCAUCAGAUGAUGAAAGUCAAUCAAUGCAGACAGUUGGAGUGCAUUCAAUUGUCCAGCAGUUGCACAGGAACAGCAUUCAGUUUACUGAUGGAUAUGAAGUAAAAGAAGAUAUUGGAGUUGGAUCUUACUCUAUCUGCAAGAGAUGUGUUCACAAGGCUUCAAACAUGGAAUAUGCUGUAAAGAUCAUUGACAAGAGUAAAAGAGAUCCAACAGAAGAGAUUGAAAUCCUGUUGCGCUAUGGGCAGCACCCAAAUAUUAUUACCCUGAAAGAUGUGUAUGAUGAUGGAAAAUAUGUAUAUGUAGUAACAGAACUUAUGAAAGGAGGAGAACUGCUGGAUAAGAUUCUAAGGCAAAAAUUUUUCUCAGAAAGAGAAGCUAGUGCUGUUCUGUUCACAAUAACAAAAACGGUUGAAUACCUCCAUGCACAAGGGGUUGUCCAUAGAGAUCUGAAACCCAGCAAUAUUCUUUAUGUUGAUGAAUCUGGUAAUCCAGAAUCAAUUCGAAUUUGUGAUUUUGGCUUUGCAAAACAAUUACGAGCAGAAAAUGGCCUUCUGAUGACUCCGUGUUAUACAGCAAAUUUUGUUGCACCAGAGGUUUUAAAGAGGCAAGGUUAUGAUGCUGCGUGUGACAUUUGGAGUCUUGGUGUUCUGCUUUAUACUAUGCUUACUGGCUACACUCCUUUUGCAAAUGGUCCUGAUGAUACUCCAGAGGAGAUCUUGGCCCGGAUAGGUAGUGGAAAAUUCUCCCUGAGCGGUGGUUAUUGGAACACCGUUUCAGAUACAGCCAAGGACCUUGUUUCAAAAAUGCUUCAUGUUGACCCGCAUCAAAGACUGACUGCAGCCCAAGUUCUUAGCCAUCCCUGGAUAGUUCACUGUGACCAGUUGCCUCAAUACCAGCUGAACAGGCAGGAUGCUCCCCAUUUAGUGAAGGGUGCAAUGGCAGCAACUUACUCUGCUUUGAAUCGUAAUCAGUCACCAGUUUUGGAGCCAGUUGGCCGAUCUACCCUUGCUCAGAGGAGAGGUAUAAAAAAGAUUACCUCAACAGCCCUGUGAAGUGACCUCAACCAGAUAUUUGGUACCUUGGUAUAAGAUGAUAGCACAAAUCAUGGCGACAGGUAGCACAUAUCUCACAGAUACCUGCAAGCACACUCUGUCCCAGCUGGUACCUAUAAUGCUGCUGCUCCUGCUGCUGCUACUGCUUUCAUCUACUCUCGCUUUAAACUGUUGAUGGCAAGUUACUGAUCUUACUGGAGCUUCAAAUGGAGUGAAAAGUGGAAACACAAUGGAAACAAUCAUGUCCACAAUUGAAUAAACCAGAAGAAUUACGAAUACCACCUCUGUCAAAAAUACACUGAAUAAAGCACUCUGCACCACAUAGCAUUAUUUUUAUAAGGAAUAUUUUUGUCCCCUGAAACAUUCUUUGUUACAGGUAGAGAUGGACAGUUUGUGUUAAGCACUUAGCUUAAACUAUCUGUUUAUAUUAGCACUAUAUACUUUGUGCCAUCUGACAUUUUGUAUGUUUUUGUAAACAGUUCAUGAGCAGCACUUUUCUGUGCUGUUUUCUUUAAUGUAUACAUGCCUUGUUUUACUUAGAUAUUAUUAAUCAUUUUAACAAUUAAGUCUGAUUAAACAGUUCACCUGGAUUAAUCAGUAAUGUUGGACAGCUCUAAAAGAAGCCUGACUGUUAAACAGCUAUUGAAUGUAAUACUACGAAUAUGUAUUUCUCUUGCCUAUGUUUUUUCUACAUUUCCAUGUUUUUGACGCUGCAUGUCAUGUUAGGAAAAUCAGGAUGCUGUUUAUAGUAUUCAAAAUUCAAACAGUGCAUCUCUCACCAUACUAUCUAUACGUAGAUGAUAUAAUGGAGAAAAAAGAUAACUUGUUCCGUAUUUCACUGUCUUUUGCCCCCACCUCCUCCCUUUUAUUUCCCCCCAUCUAAUUUCUGGACUCAGGAAUCAUUGCUGAAUACUUUCUGAUAGAGGACAGUCCUAUAUUGUUUAUGCUUAUAAUCUGUUGUUAAUAUUUUAGCUCUAUUCUGUGACUUUCGUUUAAGCUGCAGAGGAUUUGUUCAAUGAAUCUUGGCAUUAUAGAGAAAAAAAGGCAGCAUCAAAGAUAAAGCAAAACAUGAUGUCCACUAGUAAGCCCAGAAAAAGUAGGUUUAUACUGCAUUUGUUACAGUUGCCAAACCAGUGACUCCAAUGUUCUGUUGGCUUUUCUCUGUUGUUUUUUUUAUCCUCAGAUCACUUCGAUAGGCAAAAUAAAAUGAGAGGAGAAUCAUCCUGAUCUGUAUGUGCUAAGAAAGGGUCAUUAUAAUUAACUAUGAAACAUUGUCCCAGUCAGAUUCAUGUAUUACCUGUAAUUGUUAAGGAAUCAGUUCUAGAAACAACGGCAGUUAAAUUAUUGUAGAUUCUAGAAAUGUAAGCACACAGCUCUUCAUGGCAAUUAGUAUUUUUCCCUCGGUGCUCUAGCACUGCAGUUUCCUUCAGCUGUAUGGAUGCAUCUGCCCUUUGUUCAAGAAACAUCUUUGACCAGAGGCUGAAAAACGCUAUCUUGAUUUGUAUUUUUUUUUUUUUCUUUUGCUUGACAGUGUCUGCAUUUCCAGAGGUAUUUAGUAAAAACCUUUUUGCCUUUCAGAUGACAUGUUUUCAGUUCUGUAACUGAUUGUAAGACAGGCAUAUCACAUCCUAGAAACUACACCUUCUGGAGCUGUUUUAAAGCAGAUGUUAACCCGAAGAUUGUCAUGUCUAGCCAGCAAGUUAUUUAAAAUGAGUCCUGUUGGAAUGAGGGGGUUGGCAGUACUUUGUGUGUCAAUAAUGACAUUUCAGCUCAGGAAGGAAUUUCUCCCAUGUUCUCAGAGUGCACAUACAUAGGUAGCUGGUGCAGAAGAGGCCAAAAGGAAGUAUUAAGAUGCUUCUCUAUUGGCAACGUCUAUGUUAAAAAAAUACAAAA